GCUUUAAUCCUAGUCCGCCGCCGUUUCGUUGUUGACCGCAAAUGAUAAUACAUAUUAAUAGUAUUCAACAUUCACACUCAUUCUUCGCCAUAGGACUUUAUGAUUGUUCUUGCGUUUGCAAUUCUCGAGAUUAAUUUCUCGAUCUUUUUUUGCGUACUAGGUAGAUAUUAAUUGUCUAAGGAUUUCUCUCCCUUUUCCACAUUUUUUUUCUUUUUCAUGUUUUCUUCCCUUCGUCCUGAUCGCAUUGGUCCUUUCCCCAGCCACAGCCUUGUGUGUUACCGAUCCGGCGAGGUACAGUUUGCUUUUCGGUCAAAAGUAAACAAAUAGCUGCAGGUCCCGACGCGCACCCGAAAGGAAGCACAGCAUACUUGUUUACCCAGAUUGACGAGUCACCACUCUCCCGAGACCUCUACAUAGCUGAACUUGCCACUGGGUCUUUCCAUCGAUCUCCUCACGCUCGUUUCCCUACCCAUACGGAGCACGAUGCGAAAGGCCCAUUAAGGCGACCAUGGUCCGCGUCACCGAGGAACUGGCUUUGUCGCCAGACCAUCUCACUCUCUAUCAAGCUACCGACCCUUUGCUCGGCCACCUCCCCUUGUUAAUACUUCAUGGGCCCUCUACCACCGCCAAUUAUACCUUCAACAGCUCCAGAGUCCAGGUUCAUGUAUAUACCCCGGCCGGCUUCCGGUCUUUUCCUCGACUUACCAUUUCCCCGAAUUCGCCCUUCUAUAAUGUCGUCAACCACCUACCUCGAGAGUUUCAGGGAGAUGAGGUAUAUCGAGCCUUGGCUUUCGGCCUAUUCAAGUAUUUCCACGAGCUUCCGGAACAUGUCAAAGCUCAUGUCAAGAGUCAAUACCCCACCAUGAAAGGCCGAAGGCCGGGUUCAUUGCCAACACUCUUCGGCGAGCAACAUGCUGCCGACAUAGCCAAGUCAAUGGUCAGAGCCGACAACACGCCAGAGGUCAUUCAAAAGCUUCAAAUUGCCCUUCAAACCCAGCAUAUAAGCAAUGUCGACAUCGAUCUUGUCUUACCUCCGGGAUCCAUAAUCCCAUUACAGCCUGCUGAUCUCGAGGAUGUGCCCGAAGACGAGGAUGAUAUCUUGGAUCCAAGUUUACGACAAUAUGGAAUGUACACUCCUCUGGUCAAGCUCUUUGGAGAGCCCGUGUUCCUACCUACUUCGAGAUUGCGACGAGCCCCUUCAAAACCGAGCGCGCUAAACAGAACAAAAUCUUUCUCCAAGGACCAGAAGGCGGAGCUACGCCGAAAAAUGACCGAGUUGGUUGAUACCGAAGAGCGCUAUGUAGUCAAGAUGGACGAAUUAGUGAAUCAUCUUGGACCAGAAUAUAGGCAGAGGGCAAAGGAUCGGCAGCCGGGUAGCUUUAGCCCUUCAGAAGAAGAUGUUGAGAAGCUCUUCCCUAGAUCAGCUGAUGAGAUUUUACAAAUCAAUUCAGGUUUCAUGCAAGCAAUACGACAGGUCAUGGAUGAUACCGAAGGCGAUGCUUCAAAAGACAUGGAAUCAGGAUCCGCAUCCUCAAGAGUGGGCAUAUCGGGAAGUGUGAUGACGAGGACGAAAGACGCAAGCGGAGCUUUAGCAAUGGCUAAAGUCAUGCUAGAAUGGUUCCCAAAAUUCACCGAAUGCUACCAGGACUAUAUUCGAGCAAGCCAGAAUUUCCCUCAACUGAUCACUUCCUUCAUCAGCCAACAAUCUAGCUUUUCAAAUAGGUUGGCGCUUGGUGGAGAGCAACAUCUUCGCUCCACCGUCAUCGAACCUGUUCAACGACUACCACGAUACAGCCUAGUCAUAGACCAGAUUGUUAGCUGUCUACCCAUCACGCAUCCUGCGCUGCAGCCUAUGCUAAAAGCUCGUGAUAUAAUUGCCAACAUUUGCUCCAUGGACGAACCACUCACGGACAAGCCUCAUGUCAACACGCGCCUACGACACAUGGUUGAGAGCUGGCCUUCCGAUCUCGAGCCCUUUGGUCGGUUAAUUGUUGCUGCCGAUUUCUUCGAGGUACCGGCCCCAUACCAAAUUGGCGUUGGUGCGGAUCCUGUCUCAAACGACCAAGCAGGCAUCUUCUUACUUUUCUCGGACUGUGUUGUCAUUGUGAGGAAGGUCUAUGGCUCGAACAUAACGUCCCGCGAUUUAUUGCGAGAGAUUGAUAAGCCAUCGCCAGCGGGCCUAUUAGCUUCCAUGACGAACGCAGCUGGUGGCCCAGGCUCUUAUGAGUUGGCAUUUGCCGGUUGGCACGCCUUAGCAGACGUCCGUUUCACGGAGUCCUCGGAUGGGCGUAUGGUCUGGAUGACUUCAUUGAAUGAAAUGCAAGGUGGACAUGCGAGCGAGUAUGUAACCAACACAGCAAUCACAUCCCGGUAUUUUAUGCUACGUGAGUCAUAUGAGGGCAGAGCCGCAAAAUGGGGCGAGGACGUCGUCAAGGCUAGGGUAGAGGGCAGAUUUGCCGAGAAGGAACGUGAGGAUCCUUGCUGGAUGCUACGGUCUGUGAGAAUGCCUGAUACUGGUUUGGGAUUCUUUGCAGCUGUCUUUCAAGAAGGUCUCGACCAACUUAUUGAGGGUCGAAAAGAGCCAGCUCCCAUUCGUAUUGUUGUAGACCAUGAAAAAGGCACCAAAGGUGCGCCCAUAGGUCACUAUGGUGUAGAAAUCUGCUCAGGCAUAACAACGGGGAAUAUGGGGAAGGUGGUUGUGAAUACGACAGGACUUCAUGGGAAGAAGGCGACUGACGAGGUCGCGCUGGAAGACUUUCUUCCGACGCUUGCUAGGAGAAUUAUCCAGCUUCUUAGCACUCAAUUCAAUGUCGAAAACCCUGGGCUCACCCCUGCGAUGGUAUCAUUUCAUACAAAAAUACUUCGGGGUUUAAGUGUCACGAACAAGGCGGAGAAAACCAGAUCAUUCUUAGCUACAUCACCUGUCAAGUAUCUCUCAAACUUCUUAAGUGGAGGCAGCACUCCGGAUCUUGCUGCCAACAGCCCCAAACAUCAAAAUCAACAACGCACUUUAGCAGGAGAAUCAUCAGCUAUUCUCCAAAACCAACUCAGCCGGUCCAAUAGCUCCAGGGAUGCGAAUUCAUUAUAUGGUUCGGCCAAGAGUAGGGAAGGUAUUCGUAUCGGCGGCUUUGAUGAUGAUCGACCAGAAAACCCUCUAGUCCGACUCGAAGAAACCUUUACCGGCUACAUGGCUAGUCUCCAAGCACGAAAAGGAAGCUUCAUUGGUCGAACGCUACUCAACAGAUCCGGCGUCGAUGAACUUUCCGUCAAUGAUCUCUACAACAAGCUCAUCGAAAGUCCGUUUGACAUUGAUGCAUCAUCUGAUCUUACCCCUGACGUCGUCUUUGUCGCCUUCGAAAAGUUUGUGCGUAUCGCAUGGAGGGAACAGAUGGGGCCCAUCAUGACGCCAAAAGCACUGCUCGCCCUGCAGGAAAGAGCGUCUAAAAAGCUACCAGGAGACUUUGCGGACUUUGUCCGUUUUCUAUUCGCAGAUAUGGCGCCACAGAAUCGAAGAGCCUUCACCGCUCUUAUUAAGCUUUUAGCUGAUCUCCUGGACGGUUGUGGGAACGACAGCGACAGGGGAGCUCUUACUCUAGCCUUCUCCGAACUUCUGGUUGACGAUGGGACUGCACACAACUAUAUCAACCUCCUUGAUAGGCUCGUGGAGGACUGUGACCGCAUUUUCGAUGACGCUUCGAGCGGUCUCAGCGCAAGCAUGGCUCUUCUAAUGCCCGCUUUCGAAUCAAUGAACUCGACUAUCCGUAGUGGGAAAUCGCAUAACGGGUCAUUGACAUCGAACACGUCCUCUAUAAGAAGGAAAUUUGGGUUUGACAACUUUUUGACAAGACAAAAUAGUAGCAAGAGUGACGUAGAAACUCGUCCUUCGGUGUGGCGUAGCUUAAGCAAGCACAACAGACACCCGGCUACUGGCGAGACUUCUAAUUUUGUGAAAGGACACGUAGUAAGGACAAGGUCCGUCGAUGUCGGGAAUCCCUCAAACCCGAACAGAUUAAGACGACCCGGGUCGCGCGACAGGCCUCCCGUAGCCGGUGCAUUUGAAGAUUCCUCGUCACGGCCGAGCAGCUCACAAAAACUUGAAACGAUUGGAGAGCCUGAGAUUGAGGAAGCUGUAGCCAAGGCCCCGAGAAGAAAACGUCGAAGUUCAUUAUCAGACCUCAAGACCCUUAUGGCAGCAGCAAGCCUCGAGGAUGGCCAACUGCCCGAGCCUGUGUCGCCACCUGAACCGCUACAACCUCUUUCUAACACGAAGCAAACUUCCGAGAAGUUCAAUUCUGGUCCACGUAUCCAUGCACCGUCGAAAAUCCCAACCAGCCCCAACUCACUAUAUCUCUCGAAUAACUUGAGCCUUCGAUCUUCUCGACAGAAGGAGAAUGAUGAGGAUCAAUUCCGGGGCGAGAGCUCAUCGGGUGAAUCGCCAAAGAAGGGGCAUGCCAAGAUGCUUUCUACCUCCAAUAUUCCCACCUUAAGGCCACACGAUUUCGGUGCAGCAAGAGGAGCCGAGUCAACCUCUAAAGCGGCCAGCAGUCCUUCCAAGUCACCAGGGAAGCUUCGAUUACAAUCGGCACAGAAGCUUCGCGAGCGUCUGCAAACGGAGAGGAAAGCGGUUGAGGAGGUUGAUGCCAACUUACAGGUCGAGCUCUCGAAGAUUGCGGCGGACAUGGCCAAAGUCAACUCGUCGUUUCCACGCAGCGCGACGGCUGAUAUUCGAAAGUUGUCGUCGAGCGUGAAAUCACUGGAGGAGCGUGUGCCCGCGCUCAUCUCUCAACUGUCGGAUAGGCAAGAACAACUCCAACGAGACAUGGAAGGCACCCUCAGAGCUACGGAAGCCAAGGUCAAGGCGGUUGAUCAAUUAUUCAAGGAGGCUACGGCAGAGAACGAGCUCCUGUACGAGAAAUUUAAUAGUGAACUGGGGAAGAUUGUGAAGGCGCUCAAGGGCAAGGGGCGCGACGACAAGGAGGAGCUCAUGAGCCGCAUGAAGGAGUGCAGUGAAGAAACGGCACGAACGAAGAGGGAGAAUGCGCGUCUCCGCAGGGAGAUGGCUAGUUUACGAGCCCUGCUGAAGGGGAAUUCCAGUGACGCCUAGAAGGAGGUCAUUUAUGUGAUGAGAUUAUUGGGACGACCGGUGUUCUGGCUGAUUUGGAAGGUCAUGACGAGAUCCACGAGCAUAGUGAGGCGGGCGUUGUUGCUGUUGUAUAAUGAAAUGAGCUUCUGGGCAUGAGGGCUUGCAUGGACCGGAUGUAUUUUUGUAAGGGUCCGGUACGGGUUUCUGGCUUCUUACGACUUUAGACUUGGGUUUGACUGCAUGGAGAUGACGAAUCAUUCAAUGGAAGAAAGACUAUGACUAUAUACAAAGUGCGAUUAUUGCCUGGAUUAUUACCCUUCUCUUUGCCCUCUAACUACCUAGUUACCUACCUAGGUAUUUAUAUAGGUAUGUCAGUAAUAUUUUCACCGUCGUAAAAAGAUGAUC